AUGCAUUACUCUAUCCUUACUCUCGCCACUCUGCUGGCCCAAUCCCAAGCCCAACUCGUCCCCAUGCCCUUCGGCAUGGCCCCUGUCGCAAUCCCACAGGAUUCCAACCAGAACACCAACGGACAAGGCAACAUCGGAGACAUGGGAAAUAUCCCAUACGCCUCCUCAAUGGCUCCUCAAAUUUCCAUGGCUCCAAUCCCAACGCCCAUGUCAUCUUCAAUGAUGCCUCAGCGUCCAGUCCAUAGCCAAAGCUUCAGCCAUGGCUACGCUUACAGUGCAAACCACCACUACCAUUACCAUAUGACGCCUGUAGCAUCAUCUGCAGGCCACUACAUCAAGCACAUGUCAAUGCAAGCCUCUGCAACUAUGUCCGUAAAAAUGUACGCAUCGGCAUCGGGAUCUGCAUCGGCAAGACCAUCAGCCUCCCAUGGUCUUACCCGUCUAAACAGUCCUAAUCACGCUCUCCACGCACCCCAUCCACAUGAAGGAUUCAAUAUCCCAAAACCACCAUCCGAUAUCCCCCAAACACCUGAUUUCACUAGCCAAAAUGGUGCAUCAAGCCACUCGGGUGGAUACUCUGGUGGAAAUGGUAACGGGUUCACGCAAACACACCCGGAUCAGGACAAUAACUCCGAUACACCGGUCGUGUAUUCAGAUGGCUCCGAGGCCCCUGUUCCGGAUAUGGGUAAUAUCAUGGGUCCUAAUAUGGGUACGGAAGGCUCUUCUAUUGCCCCUGUGGAUUCCAUGAAACCUGGUACCAAUGUGGCGCCGGUUCUACCGCAGAAGUCUCAUGGUGCGGAUUUGGGGAAUGCGUUUUGCAUGGGUGAUUGUUAUAAGAGUAAAGAGGAUGCGAAGUGUGAGAAGCCUUAUACCUCCCCUGUUUUCCAGGAUGAGCAGGGCUGUUACUCCUGUUGCUUUACUUCUCCGGAUUUCAAGUAG